CACGACUGAAGUCGAAACUGAAGCAGACGUUGAAGUUGUAUCUGCGCAGGGAACUGAAGUUGUACUACAAGGAGAACCCACAGAAGAAUCUGCUGGUGUGGCAGUUGAAGAGAGCACUGGAGCAGUAUCAAACGGAGGAUCGGACGAACAGGUUGAAGUAGAGUCUGAAACUGAAACUGAAACCGAAAGUGAAGAUUAUGCAGAAGGAGAGAAAGAAGAUGUCGAGGUACAUGAGCAAAUGGCUGAGUUGGCAGGUGUGGAGGCCAUGCGAGGAUUCCUUGAGGGAUCGGAAGAAGAGUCUGAUGAUGAAACUGAAACUUAUGGAGAUGAUGCAGAAGGACAGAAUGUCACUGAAGAAGAAUCCGGGUAAGUGAAGGAGGAAGGUGAAGAAGGAAAGGUUAACAAGUGAAGGUUUGUUAUAGAUAAAUAUGUUUCUUUGACAUCAAGACACUAAUUGCCGUCGUACGUGCGCCACUCGUAGAAGGGGUAAAGUUCUUAUUAUUUUAAAGGAACAGUAUCCCGUUACUGCGCAUGCACCGAACUUUGAUUUUUGGACAGGAUGUCGCGAAAUCAAAAGAUGCGAGGAGAGUAAGAGAACCGUGAAAAAUUCGUUUGCAUCGCGCUUGACCGGGCUCAAUACGACACUAAAACUUCUCAGGAUUACAGAUCAAUGAUAUAUUGUUCCUGUUAAGUUUCGAUUUGGGCAAAAUCUGGAUUUUUGGCGUUACUUUUAUUGCCGUUGGCCGGAGAACCAAAAGAUUGGAAGCACUUUGAUGCCGAUUGAAGGCUUAUUUCUUCUGCUAGCUUCCAUACAAGCUCAGAUAAUUGUGAAAGGAAUACGCAGAAAUGAAACGGCAACAAUAAAGACUGUAAGAACGAAACCAUUGAGACAUUGAUGUGACUGAGGAGAUCUUGUGGAGGGGAGCUUCGUGAAGCAGAAUGUUUUGCAACGACGCGUUAGUAAACUUUUUUAAAUGAAUCUCCCUAACGGCCGACAAAAUCAACAAACAGGCGCUACAUGUUUAGAAAAACUAGUGCCAUGAAAUCAUAAUACAAUUUUUGACUAACCUUUCUCAUGAUUCAUAGCGUUGAGAUCGCAUUUUUAUUUAUGUCUUUCAAACGUUUGAGGCUAGAACGCGAGCAAAUCAGGCAGAUAUUACUAGACUUGUAACAACUGACCUCUGACACGAGUUUCAAAUUAGAAAAUAUGUUUUUAAAGCGAGCGGAACGAGAUUUUCGGGUCGCGAGGCGGCCCAGCUAACGAUAAAAUCGCUAAAGUCUUCGAACCGCGAGCCAAAUUUUUAUAUAAGACGAAAGACUUCUUUAAAAGUCUAAAAUAUUACUUGAGAAUAUAAACAACAUAUCUCUGCCGGCGGUGCGGUCCGGAAGGAAAUCUUGUCAAGUCAAUAUGACAGUUCUAUUGUCUUUUGAAGAAAAAACAGAUGACGCUCGCGCGUGCGCAUAUUCGGGACACUGUCCCUUUAAAAAGUGGACGACAAGAAUUCCCGUUACAGUGCCUCUUUAAAAGAUGAGACUAUUCGCAGUUUAAUCACACUUAAACAAUGUUACUUACCACUGCCGGUGUCAGCAUUAAAGAGUGUCUGGGUCGAAAAAAAAAAACGUUCGCAAAGUGUGGCAGCAUAUCUUAGAUUCCAUUGACUUCAUAAGCAGCUACAUUAUUUUCUGUUUUUAUCUAACAAGGGGGGCACACUCAUAAAAAAAACGGGAGGGGUCGAAGAACUUUGCCUUAGGAGACAGUGGGACACUGGCCUUAGGAUACUGGCUGCGUUCCCUUAUCUACAAACUGAUCGUUGCAACAUAUUUUCCUCUUCAUCCAGAGUCGUCUUCACUAAUAGACAACAACUUUUUCGAAAUCAACCAAAUGUUGAAAUAUUUUGUAAUUGCUGAUGCAGAGGGAUAGUAACAAGUGAAGGUAUUCAACAUUGGCCCAUCAAGCGACUUGGUGUUCACGUGAUGUUCCCUCCUGAUGCUGUGUCUGAACCUACUUCAAUGGUGGUCCACAGGUGGGAAAACAGCGUCUGUUCACCACCGCUGCAGGAGCAUGAGGCCAUUACUAGCAAUGUUAUUGAACUAUUCGCCAUGGCACGACAAGGUCUAAAAUUUAACACAAAGGUGAAGCUGUCACUAUCCCACAGCGCAACAGAGUUACGUGGCUACGAACUGGUGAUAAAAAAGCUCAUUGAUAAGGAGACGAACAUUUGGGAGGAUGUGGAAGGAACCAUUGACAUACGUUGUCGGGAAGGUAUAGGAAAUCGCUUCAUACAGUGGACUAAUGUGCGGAUUAUCGAUUAUCCUUCUGGAGACCCUAUAGCUAGAUGGUGUUUACGCAUUCCGUUUGCUCUUAGAUUUGUGUAGAUUGGGAUUUGAAUUCAUCCUUGGGUCGAAAUUAGUUCCCUUGUUUUCUACCCAUUCACAGUACUUUUGGUAUAUUUGGUAUAGUUUUAUUCUUAUUAUUAUUGUUUUUUUUUUGGGGGGGGGGGUGCUUGGGGAAGGGGGUGUUUUUACUCCAUAGUUAACCAGUUCUGGGGUUAAUUUAUCUCUGAUUGCCAAUAGAGUUUUUCUUAGCCUCUCGUUGAAGUCAUUUUAACUGUGCCGAAUCGGAAAAUAACCCCCGUUGCAGCUUCACAAACUCCUGCGUAAGGGGUUAAUUUGACUGCGGAUGAGGAGUUGUUUUAAAAAACUCUUCAAAAAAACAGUGUUGUUGUUCCUGAACUUAACCUUGAACUACGUGUAUCAUGGCAUAGAUGAAGUACUGCUUUCAAUUCGAGGCUCUGUUGUUGAACUUGGUUUUCUAUAAUCUUUGUCACCUUUCCAAAGACAAUAAAGCGAGGUAAAUAAAAAUGAAUUAUUAUUAUUAUUAUUAUUAUUAUUAUUAUUAUUAUUAUUAUUAUUUUUAAACAGAUAUCGAAGACGAUUACCCUUUACAUAUGAAAAUACCGGACAUUUUCUUUCCCGUUGCUCAAGCGGACAUUACUGAGUGCUCGACAUACGCAGUAGUUUGUCGUCUCAAGUCUUCUCCGACUUACACCAUCACAUCUAGUGGUGGCUCAUUCAGCCAUCCUGACUAUCCAGGCGUGACAGUUAUCAUUCCUGAGAAUGCUGUUGCACCUACAGAAAGGUUUCCUGUGGAGUUAAAGGUAGGUGUGAUUGCAUAAGUCCGUUUAAGGACCUCUUCAGAAGAGCCGGUCGACCAGGCUUUUGCUCAAUGUCCGAGAUCAUGGCAUAGCGUAAAAGCCUUGGUAAAAUAUGAGAGGGCGUACCACCUUGGUUAACCGAGAAAAUACACUUUCUGUUAAAAAUUGCGACCACAAAUCCAUGACGGGCUGAUUUUUGGAUAGUGUUUAAUAAACAAUGAAAGAAUGCGGAGUUUUUAGAGUUUCGUACACUAUACGCCUCUAAGCGCCUCUCGCUCAUUAGCAGAGCAGGUCAAAACAUGCGUAUUUAGUGAGACUUUGCAUCUGAGUAUUGUUUUCACGUUAUUGAAAAAACUGGGCGUUAUUUUCACAGUGGGAAUUGUAACAAACAACUUGUGAUUAUCAUUUUUAAUGAAACAGGUGCAAGAAGUUUCAAAUGAAGAAUUUGAAGGGGAAAAUAUUAUCAUUGGGCCUGUGCUGCGAAUCACUCGGGCUGUCCAGUUCUUGAGGCUUGUCACCAUUCAACUGCCAAUUUCUCGUCGAGGGCAAGAAGUCUUGAAUCCAGAUCCCACAGUCUAUAGGAUCAGAGUAUUGUUCCUGAAGACUGAGGAUAAAAUGAAGAAAUGGAUUGAAAUCACUGGUGAUCUUCCAGAACCCCCAAGUUUUGAUGGAAAGUUCGUAAGGUUUCAGGUUGAUCGGUUCUGUCGGUAAGAACUGAAGCAUUUUUUGUUUGUUUUGUGUGUGUGUCCCUAAGACGAUUGACGGUGAGGUAAAAUUAUGAAUUAUUUAUGUUAUGCUUUAGCAAUUCAGAUACGGCAAAGGAAUUUACCAAAAUGUAUAUUAUGCACUUGUACUGUCGUUGUUGUCUUUGCUGUCUCCGUUGUUUUGUUAAAUGACCUGCCUUAGAGAAACCAUAUUAGAACACCGUAAUCAGAAACAGAUCCUGCAAGGCUCAAAGAAUGUGUCUUAUGGUGCUGUGAACGGCACAGAAGACUAAGAAGAGUGGGUAUUCAGCAAGUGAUGCCUGUAAGUUGUUUGAUGACUAGAUAGGAAACUUCUAAACCGUUUAGUAGGCGAACGGUGAUACCAUGGCACCUCAGUUUAAUUACAAGAAAUUCAUGAAGUGCUGACCUAAUAUGACUUGGUGUAGCCUGGAAGAAUGACUUCUAAAGCCGUGGGCUUGUUUCUGGAUGAUGCUUAACUUUUAUAUACAGGAGGGUGCCAUUGUAAGAGUACUUUUCCGGAUAGAAACACGAACUGAAUUGCAUUAAGGCUGUUCAGUUAUGGUCAGAAGUUAACCAAACCCUUUAAAAUUCUUUUGUCAAAUUUCCUUCGUCUAGAUAUUCGUAUUUCCUUGAUGGGCGUCAAGAAAACUCCAGUGCUGAAAGACUGGGAAUUACGAGUUUUCUUUCCCGCUUCAUUUGGAAUCAGCCGAAACCGGCCAUCUUCGUCGCUUACUUUUGUCGGGAUUUUCCAGACAUUUUAUACCUUAUAUGCUGCCCCCCUCACGUAAAAAGAAAGGUGAUAGAUGAGCUUGAAGACAAGGGCAUAACGCCAUAUGACGGAGCUUCGAAGAAAAAUAUGAUACCAGGGGAGGACAAGGCAUUCGUAUCAGUAUCAGAAGGAAUACGCCCAUAUAAGAAGAAGGACAUUGGCCAAGUCUUUCUCAAGUAAGUCCACAUUUACAUCACCCAUUGUGGCUCAAACAAACGUGAUUCACAGAACUGCUUGGAACUCGAAUAACUAUGAAAAUCGGUGGUUUAGCGUCGUGAUAGCUUCGGUAAUGGGUCAACUGUACCUUUUUAAAAACAAUGCGAAGUUUAGGUACGUUGUAAUGUAUGCUACAUUGCAAUAAAGAGUCACAUGGCCUCUCGACAUAAAUACCUCUUAUUAGCCGAGUUUUCGGUCCGUACUGUACAUUACCGACCGAGCUUUUUCGUGCGCGGGCCAUAAAUCGAUUGAAAAAAACGAGGAUUCGUAAUGUACAAUACGGACCAAAAAACACGAGGCUAUGUAAAUGAGAUGUUUAUUAUAUUGCUUCCUGUUUGGGGGACCGGAAAAAAAGUGCAGGACAAACGAUUUGACAGUCAUUUGACAGGCGUUGGAAAAUGAAAGUUUUAAUUGGCUAACGAAAACAAUAGCUCUUGAAAGUAAAAUCAAAAUGCAAAUGCGCCAUGUGGAAAUAGUUUAUUCGGUCAAAACUAGGAGCACUGUAAGUAUUCGCUCGCCAAUGUGGCGCUGAAGUCUUGAAAACUAGACAUUGUGUCUGGCUCGAAGUCACUUCCAUCAUUCUUUCGUUGGUCUUUGAAAAAACACUGUAUUUAUGGGAAGCUAAUCAAGAUGAUCAGGUGCAGGUAUUUUUGUUAUCAUAUUUAUCGAAGGAAUCUUUCAUUUUCUGUUAGACAAAGCUUCUCGAAUAGAUCUCUACUAGUCGAUUUUCGUCUUCUUAACUGUGUAAUGCGUUAACAUUUUCACGUAACUCACUAGAAUCCCCUUUUUCGAUAGGAUAACGAUUCAGUUUCUUCAUCGGCUUUCACAAAUAUACACAGGUCAAAACGUUGAAGGACAAAAUCAAACGGAUCCAAGUCCUCGAGGUUGACAGACGUCUUAUAAUAACUUUCUUUAAACCAGAAAGUUUGGUCCGGAUAGCAACUUACCAAAUUGACCAGUCGUAUGGCGAAAACAGACUUAGCCAUAUAGUAAAGCUUCGUACCCGGAGCAGAGUACGCACUGAAACACUUCAAGUCACUGCGAUAAUUUUUGCAAUGUUUUAUUUCAUUCAUGACUUUUAAAGUCAGCUUAUGAAGAACACUGUUUCUUUUAUACUUGUUGAACGUUUUAAAUUUAUGUCUUAAUAGGUUAGAAGAAGAUUUUGCGUUCAAGACUGAAUUGAGAGUUCGUCCGAAUAAGGACAAAGACAUAGCAGUAGUAAAAUUCUGGACCACCUUGAAACCCACAGGGAGAAAAUUUCCGUUGUGUAAAGUGCACUUAAAUCUGUCCACUCAAGGCAUCGAUCGCACGGUAAGUUUUAUGUACCAUUUUGUGUUUGUUCCCGUCAGUUGAAACAAUUUGUACAAAAUUCUUCCUCUAUGUGCAAAGCUCAUCUUUUAAAAUAAACAAAAAUCAGCCGUUAUUAUUGAACUUUCCUUUCAAUAGGCGUUUUUCAAAAUACCAUAAUACUCUUUGUUGUCCCUUCAAAAUGUUCCAUAAGCAUUUUUUUUUUUCAGUUUCUCUUGGCACUUACAAUCGCCUUAAGACAAGAAGAACGUUUUACUCGGAUUGACUGUAAUCUCGUUUGUUCAAUAUUUUGUGAUCUUAAACAAAUACAUUCAUUGUAGAUGCUUGGGAUAUCACAAAUAGAGAAUUGUUAGUCUAUAGGAACACUUUUCAAAUUGCAAGCUAAAACAAUAUAUAUCUAAUAUUAUGUCUUUUUCAGGAUCUAGGGAAACUUGGGCUACCGUCUACCGGUGAGUUUCUCAUUUAAUUUAAUAUUAUAAUGGAUUUAGUGUACAGUUUCAAGAGUUCACUAUGGUCUAGGUUUGAUUUUGAAAAGUGAACCGAAGGCGGGCGCUGUAGGAGAAGCAACUUGGAAAUCCUAAUAGCCUAUUGAAUGUUAUGCAAAUGACGGAAAAAAUCCAUUGAGCUACGUGGCACUUUGAUGAAAAGUCCUAUUUUAAACUAGACUUCGAGUGGUCCCCAUUUUUCCUCAGGGAUAGUAGAGCGAGCGAAACGCGAGCGCGCAUGAAAAUCACCCCACGCGUCUCGCCUUUCUCGCGUGAGGUGAUUUUCACGCGCGCUCGCGUUUCGCUCGCUCAACUAUCCCUGAAGAAAAAUGGAGACUACUCAUACUCUAAUUUUAAACACGACACUGUUGUUCAUACUUCGUAA